UCUUCCUUUUCCCUUGCAGAAAGAUGAAUCCGUCUUCGGUCCCUCCUGGGCUCCCGCCGCCAGGGCAGCAAGUCAUCCACGUCACGCAGGACCUCGACACGGACCUCGAAGCCCUCUUCAACUCUGUCAUGAACCCCAAGCCCAGCUCUUGGCGGAAAAAGAUCCUGCCGGAAUCCUUCUUCAAGGAGCCGGAUUCUGGCUCGCACUCGCGCCAGUCCAGCACCGACUCAUCGGGCGGCCACCCCGGGCCUCGACUGGCAGGCGGCGCGCAGCACGUCCGCUCGCACUCGUCGCCCGCAUCCCUGCAGCUAGGCACUGGUGCGGGCGCCGCUGGGGGCCCUGCACAACAGCACGCGCAUCUCCGUCAGCAAUCCUAUGACGUGACCGACGAGCUGCCACUGCCCCCCGGGUGGGAGAUGACCUUCACAGCCACUGGCCAGAGAUACUUCCUCAAUCACAUAGAAAAAAUCACCACAUGGCAAGACCCUAGGAAGGCGAUGAAUCAGCCCCUGAAUCAUGUGAACCUCCACCCUGCCAUCACUUCCACUUCGGUGCCACAAAGGUCCUUGGCAGUGUCCCAGCCGAAUCUUGUGAUGAAUCACCAGCACCAGCAACAAGUCGUGCCCAGUAACCUGAGUCCACAGAGCCACCCAACUCCGAACCCACCCACAGGGCUCAUGAGUGUGCCCAAUGCACUGACCACUCAGCAGCAGCAGCAGCAGAAACUGCGACUUCAGAGGAUCCAGAUGGAGAGAGAAAGGAUCAGGAUGCGUCAAGAGGAGCUCAUGAGGCAGGAAGCGGCCCUCUGCCGACAGCUCCCCAUGGAAGAGACCAUGGCCUCUGUCAACCCACCUGCCAUGACCACGGAUAUGAGGUCCAUCACCAAUAAUAGUUCAGAUCCAUUCCUCAAUGGAGGGCCUUAUCAUUCAAGGGAGCAGAGCACAGACAGUGGUCUGGGCUUAGGGUGCUACAGUGUCCCCACAACUCCAGAAGACUUCCUCAGCAACAUGGACGAGAUGGACACAGGAGAAAAUGCCAGUCAGACACCCAUGGCAGUCAAUCCCCAGCAGACCCGCUUCCCUGAUUUCCUCGACUGCCCUCCGGGAACCAAUGUUGACCUAGGGACUUUGGAGUCUGAAGACCUGAUCCCUCUCUUCAAUGAUGUAGAGUCUGCUCUGAACAAAAGCGAGCCCUUUCUCACCUGGCUGUGAUCACUACCAUUGUAAAGUGAUGCAGCUGUGACAUUUCCUGGGCCUGUGGAACAAGUGACGGAGGAAAGCAGGUCCGCAGUCGCACCGCUCUCGGCCUCCGUACUCACACUCCUUCUUGUCCACACGGCCAGCUAAUCAUUGCCUGGUUUUGAUUUAUAAGAACUUAAGUUACGCAUACAUAUUCUCUUUCCAUUUUCUGCAAGCCUGCAUUCUGUGACAGCACUGAUUAUGCAGAAUAACUUCUUAAAAAUCCCUGCUACCCUAUGGCUGAGCUUUUUUAAGAAUUAGCUGAAAUUCAUAUAUCAAUUGAUUCUAAGCCAUAAAAGCUGACCACAGGCAGUGAAUUCUGACAGGCAGCUUGGUCCAGGAAAUGUGCACAAAGACCUGAUUUACAGUUUCAAAAACUGUACUGGUAACCGUGGUAACAAAUGCUUUAAAACUUAUUUAACUCGAUCUUUAAAAAUCAUUGUAUAGAUAGUAAAUUUCUGCUGCACGGAAUGCAGUGCAGUUUGGAAUCCAUGCUGGCUGUUCUCAUUCUGUAUUUACAAGGGCAUGGAGUCCUAAUGCUAUCACUCUUCGUCAUUUUACUGCAGAGCAUCCAGCAGCUCGGUCCUGCACGCAGAAAGGUCACUGAAGCGUUUGUCACAGGUCUUGCAUGACAAAUGAUGUGAAAGAGACCAGUUUGGUACUAAUAAGAACAGUUAUGAAACAAACUAUUUUUUAAUUGCAACUUGUAUUUUUGCAAAAUGCAGCUUAGAAUUUGAUGUCUGUUUUAUGAAACACUGUAAUUUUGUGGCUUAUGACAAAGGGCAGCCAAAUGUUUUUGAUACAUCAAUGGCAACUAUAUUUUUUGUCUUUUGACCUGUUCUGAAACCAUCAGGGCAACAGAGAUCUCAGCCUGAUGACAUGAAAAUUAGCUGUUACGUUUUAUAUUCUGAGGCAUUAUCGGUUCUGCUUUCCAGAUUUCAAGUGCUUAAAAUAAUUCUGUCUACAGAACUGUUUGUAGAAGGAAGCAGAUCUCUGACUACAAAUACAGAAAAGCCCUGUCAGGGCAUAUCGUAUAGAUCUGUACUUCUGAGCUGAGUAAAAUUGAUUCCUAAGUAUGUUAUCCUAGUCCUUUUGCCAAGUUGGUACAAAAAGGCAUAAGGUGUGUACUCAGUACCUCUUAUGUAACCAACUUUUUUUUUUUUUUUAAGCUCUUAAGGACUGAGAGUAGCAUGUUCAUUUAGCAGGCAGUCUACCUGCACUAGCAAUGAAGUCCUUGGCUGUUUAUUAUUGUGAACUGACAUUAUUUAUAAUCUAUGAAUUUAAUCUCUUUUUUAUUUUUUGAAAGACAUCAAGAAUCUGGGAGGAAGGUUUCAAUUUCCACGAGGGUGAGGGCUUUUUUGGUUGAGGAUCUUUAAUGAGAUCCCUUUUGGUCCAUUGGAAUAUAAAUGCACAGAGUACAUUUGGUCUUGGUGGGAAGAGGCAAGUGAAAGGUCAGAGACGAAGCUGUGGAAUAUGGCGUAAAGGCCAGUUGAUGGGAAAUGAACCAGACAUGUCGGAACCCCUCAAAAGCAAGGCAAGCAAGACGGGUGAGAAGUGCCCCAAAGAACAAAGCAACGAUUUUCUCUCGCUCACAGCCUUUGUACCAAAAGACCCUGCUGCCCGAGAGAAGAAAGUUGGGGAGCACUUUACUGGCGUGGGGCAGAAGGAGGAACGGACAGGGCUGAGGCACUCUGGCGCUCUGUCUUGUUGAACAUGUCAGCUGACAAGAGCGUGGGCCACUGUUGCUUCCAGCACUCUUAAGUGAUUUCUCUUUUCCUGAAAGAACCCAAUUAAUGUCCAGUUAAUUCCCUGCUCUUUCUGAGCACCCAGAGGUGAGUAGGGAUUUAUGUUGCUAUUAGGUUGAAAGGGAGCACUCUUCCAUUUUCUCUUUUGUUAGCAAAAAUUGCAAAAAAAGAGUUGUACAUUCUUUCUGAGGAAAAUCAAAAACAAACCAAAACACAAGGGACCUAACAAAACUCAACAGUGUUACUGUAUUUAAAAAUAUUUUUAUACAUGCAUUUCAGGUUAUUAAAUGUAAAAAAAAAAGAUACUCCUGUUUUAAAAGUAGUUAAAUCAUUGAUGAUUUAUUUUACCAAGUUUUAGAAGCAAUUUUCUAAUAAGCUUGUGGCAUUAUGAAAUGUUAGAAUAAUUUUUUUAGUAAAUUAGUUUAAAUCUUUUUAAUGAAUAUUGUAUUUUUCUAGAAUAAAAUAUGGCCCCUGACUGUUUACUAAUAGAUAAAAUCCAGUUGUAAUUUCUGUUGUUCUUUUUAAGACCGUAAAAUGUGGCUUUUGUUAGAGAGAGCUAAAGCUAGACAUCAGAAUCAGACCUUUUUUUCUCUAGUUCUGAUUGAACUCAAGAUUUCAUGUGUGUUAGUUAGACAAGUGCUCUGCCGCCGAGCUCCAUGCCAGCCCUAGAGCAAUUUCUCAAAGGUUCUUUAGUAUUGCUAUAAGUAAGUAUUAAUACUCUCUAAGAAUUCAUAAUAAGGUGCUACUCAUAUACUAUCUCAUACUAUAAGACAACUGUCAGACUAUCUAGUCUUCUUAGUCCUAAAUGAAUACAUUUUACCAUAUCAUCUCCAAAUUUUGUCAUAGAAUAGGCAACUUUAAAAAAAAAAAUGUUUUUCCUGAGAAGAUACACCUUAUUGAAGCAUUUAAAUAGUGAAAACAUCAUGUUGUCUUGUUAACAUUGGGUGAUUUCUUAGGCAGUGUCUCACUGUAGUAUCUAGGAUGUAAGAUGUGUUUCUUUCAAUGAUUUCCCAGUGUGUGAGAAGCACAUAAAACAGAACAAGCUGUAGCAUUCUGGGCACUGCUCAGCAGAAGGGAAUUUGCGGAAGGUGACUUGAAGUGAUGGACGUGUCACUGAGUACUGUGUUCUUGUGAUGUAAUUAGAAGCAACUUCUGAAAGGACAACUUUUGGAAGAAAAAAAAAAAGCCAUUCCCAAAAAAGGAAACUUUAGAUUAAUUUACUUGGGAAAAUGGGUGAUUGACAGAGACCAUUUCCAUGACACUAUUAUACACAUGCUAAUACUUUAACUUAAUUUUUUUUAACAUCUGCUUUUUAUCAAAUGAGACCUGCGUUGUUGAUUUCUAAUCCAGUAUGUUCUGCAUACAGAACAUACAGAAUAUACAGUCAAAUCCAUCAAGUCAAACCAUUUUAUCUGGAGUUUGGUACAGGUUUUAAUUCUCAAUUCUGUAUAAAAAAUAAAUGCAAUUGAACUUCCACCUCA